AGGGGGCGAUAAAAUGGCGCAGGGGGCGGAGUGAGGUGCAGUCGUUCACCUAGGCUUGGGCCCGGCUUGUGGAGACCUAUUGGAACAUUCUAUGAGAGAAGCUCAGAAGAGCCAGCUCUGUGCCUGUGGAUGUCAUGUGGCAUAGGAAUUGAUACUUUCAGUGGUUACGAAGAAUAGUGGUCCUUUGUGUGCACAGUAAAGUUUGCAAGAAGGUGGGAGUCAAUCAUUUUGACAAGUCUCCUGAAACGAACAGCUAGCAGGAGCUGAACCCUUUUUCCAUUUGGUCUCGUGGCAAAGGCAGAGAUCACACCAGCAGCUCCACACAAUAUGCUGUGCUCACUAGUGCCCUCUGAACAGUCUUCUGGUACCUCUCUUUUGCCUAAAGACAAUGCCCCAUUUUCUUGGGAUUCCUUGGAUGAGGACGGAUUGGAUGACUCCUUGCUGGAGCUGUCUGAUGGGGAAGAUGAUGGCCAUUUUAGUUUCACGGAGGAAGAGAUUCAGGAACUCUUGAAGGAUGAUGACCUAUCAAAUGAGCACUUUUCUUGGGGAGGAGGCUUGCCUAAUGAUGACAGCAGGAAUGUUGAGAAGGGGGGGAAAGGGAGUCAAAUUCCACUUGAUACUCCCCAAGAGAAAAGUUCAUUGUACAGCUCGGGACCAGAAGCUGAGACCCCUAGCCUCUUCAAACUACCUCAACUAAAUACAUCAGUUGGUCAUGGACCAACUCCUACUAAACCAUUGAACAGACGCUUUGCACUAGAAAAGAAUCUUAUAAAAGUUACAGUUGCACCAUUUGAUCCAACAGUUUGUGAUGUUGUACUUGAUAAGGACAAGACUGAUACAUCCAAAGUUACUGAAAAACCCUCCUCCCUUGGAGAAGAGAUGAGAGAAGAUGGUCUUAGCCUAAAUGAGAGCACAAUUUGCACAGAAUCUGAAGGGAUCAGCCUCAGUAACUCUGCCUAUGAUGGGCCCCCACUCCCUUCUUCAAACAGUAACUUUGAACAAACUGUCUCUGAUAAAAAUAUGUCUGACAGUAAGAAACCUACACCUGUAUUCUCUCAGAUCUUGGACCAUUCAGAGACUUCUAAUACGGGGUCAGCCUGGAGAAAUGGAUCACAUAAAUCAAGUUUUGAAAUGAGGUUUCCGGUUGUUUCCAGUUCAUCAAACAAAGAUGUUCUUGACAAGGAUUCUGGGAAGCUGAACGUCCAUGAAAAAAGACUAGGCAAAGUCAUUCCUGUUCUGCAAACCAAAACAAGGACUAACAUUCCGACGUUUUCACCGUCAGAUCUAGAAAAGCAGAAGCAAAGUUACCUCAGGAAUGUCUUUGCUCAUAUAGAAGACCCAGUGGACUCUAACCAAGGUACCUUGGGGGAGCUGUGUGCCUUGAUGGGUCAAGUUCAUCACAUGCAGAACCCAAAAUGGCAGCAUCCUUCGGACCUCACCAGGCGAAACUACGCCCGGUUCCGACAGAAGUCUCUGCAAAGAUACAGUCUGACUCAGUGGGUUGACCAGAACAUGCGAAGCCACCAUCGGUUCCAGCGUCUACCAGAUAUCCCGUACAGUCCAUUUGUCUCCUCCCAUCAGCAGUGAAGGUCCCUAUCCAGGGUCCUGUCCAGAGCAGUGUCUCAUCUUCUGCUGUUUUGUGCUUUGUAGAUUUUGAAAUUUAUUUUUCACAACACUUUAAUUUAAAGAACUUGUCACCUUUGGGAAAAGA